CUUUAUUCAGGUGUCUCCUAGUGCGCAUGCCCAGUGAUCAGUGAACACGUGCUUCACAGCAGAAUAAGUGUUGUUUGCCCGUUACUUUUUAAAGCAGUACUUGUUCAAUAAAGAUGUCUGGAGGCCUUGAUAUUUUUGCAUUGACGGAGGAUGACGUCACAAAGAUGCUCUCAGCAGGAGUCCACCUAGGGGAUGCUAAUAUUAAUUACCAAAUGAGCAGUUAUGUGUAUAAAGUCAGGUCUGACGGUACCGCUAUUAUUAACCUUCGUAAAACUUGGGAGAAACUAUUACUGGCCGCACGGGUCAUUGCCGCUAUUGAAAACCCUGCUGAUAUAUGUGUCAUAUCUAACGGUAACUUGGGACAGAGAGCAAUAUUGAAAUUCUCAAAGUACGUGGGAUGCUCCCCUGUUGCUGGUCGGUUUACUCCUGGUACUUUCACCAAUCAAAUUCAAAAGGCAUUUCGUGAGCCACGCCUGCUUGUUGUUGCCGAUCCUCUCCUUGAUCAUCAGCCAAUCACUGAAGCCUCUUAUGUCAAUAUCCCGGUGAUUUCAUUCUGCAACAGCAGCUCAACUGUUCGUUAUGUUGACGUGGCAAUACCUUGUAAUACUAAUGGUAAACACUCUCAAGGUCUAAUGUGGUGGAUGUUAGCUCGUGAGGUUUUACGUUUGAAAGGAGAACUGAGCCGUGAUAUGCCAUGGGACAUUGUACCUGAUCUGUUCUUCUACAGGGACCCUGAAGAUGUUGAGAAAGAGGAGCAGGCUAAAGCUGAGCAAGAGCUCCUCCUUCAACAAGAAGGUUGGAACACUGGAGCUACUGAUACUGUCGCUGAAGACCAAUGGAAUGACCCUAGUAGUAAUUGGGGUGAGGGUACUACAGCUCCAUCAGUACCUGCUCCAGCUGCUAGUGGCCAACCAACUCAACCACCUGGUAUAAGUAGUACUGCUCCUUUUGGUGAGCAGGAUUGGAACAUGGGGCCUACGACCACUACCAAAGACUGGGGGGCAGAUGAGGGAGGAGAAUGGAGCAACACUGAUACCAAUGUUAAUUGGUAACGAGGUACAUAAGAGACUAUGAAAGAAGAGAAUCAUUUUGUCUAUUUUCUCUUGUAAAGAUUAAUAAAUAAAAAUUAAUAACAAGAAA